CUGUUGCAAGCUAGCAGAGGCCUACAACAGACGGUACGGCCACUGAUUAACUUGUUAACAAAAGUUUGGCAAGACUCAACUGCAGUGUUCUGCGGUCGAUCUCAAAUGUGCAGUAAGGAUUUCCUGUUUGGAGAAAAUAGUUUUCUACUGGUGGGACUGAACUGGAAAAGAGACUAAACAAGAAUGUCCAUGAAACUGUGCACCCCUUUCUUCGACAUAUCAAGUUCUUGCAAAAUCCCAUGUGCUCCUGUCAGCUUCUGCCAUAGGUUGGAGGUUAAGUAGCACGAAAAACUGAAAAUGAGUCACGCAGGACAAGAAAAUCAAGGGACGGGACUGAGAGACAUCUUCGACAUAGUAGUUAAAGCACCUCCGGAUCGACUGCUAAGUCUGACAUUCCAGCUGGGUGAGACUCCUGAAGAUAAUAUCAUACACGCCCUAUGUCUGAUCGUUCUCCAGAAAGAGGCGCGAGCCCUGAACAAACUCCAGAUGCUGAAAGAUAACUACCUCGCUCAACAUCUAGCUGAAAAGUGGCAAAUGAGUGAAAGCAAAUUAGAAGAUUUUGCCAUUCUUUGUGGUCAUUUUCAGGAGUUUACAGCAGAAUCUUUGACACUGUUGGCCCGUAUUUUCAAGGUUUUGUCAGAACAGAGGCUGUGUGAGCCAUGUCUGAGAAAUCUGGCGUAUAAGAGAGCCCUUUCCAGUGGCAAUCAAAAAACAAGCAAUUGUGAGGAUCUGGAGAAUGAUCAUCUCAGAGAGGAAGCUAAAGUUGUCUGUGGGCCUCAGGUUUCAGAGUGGAUGUACUCUUCCAAGGAUCUCAAGUCAGGGUCUUACUGUGAUCCUCUUAGCAGCCUGGAUGAAGAAAGCCCAACUUUAAAAGUUACCCUGUCUCAGGAUCAGGCAGAGAGAGCUCACAGUCUGCCCAGUCCGCUGCAGGCGACCUCUUCAAUGCCCUCAUAUCCUACUCAUCUAGAGAUAAGUAUAGCUACAACAGCAUUAUUUCAAGACGACAUAGUAACUCCAGAAACAUCAGAUGCAGCCAAACUAAACAUCCCCGUCCUCCUUGUUAGUGAAUGUGAAGCAAAAGAUGCACUAGGGCAAUCUCACAAAUCUCAGGCUCAGUCUAAAUCCAGUGAACCUCCGAUGUUUGGUGCAACGAAACACUCGAAGAUAGAAGAAACAUUAGCUACCAAGCCAACCACUAAACCAAACUUUGCACUACCCACUGCAACCAACGUUGUGCUACCCAAGAUGCCUGCUCCAAAGGAAAUGCAUGAAAGUAUAGAUACAGAUGUGGAGGAAGAGGAAAUAUUUUAUGCAUUUGUUAUCUUCCACGCACCUGAGGAUGCAGAUACGGCCGAGAGCAUGAGGGAAAAACUGGAAAAGGUCAUUAGUAGUGAAGGUGCAACUUUUUCUGGGGACUUUACCAUCCCUGGAAGGAGCACUCUGAUGAGUGUAGAGGAUGCUAUCAACAACUCGGCUUACACUGUUCUGCUGCUUACUCGCAACUUCGACACACGCAUGCAGGAGAUGGAGACAGACUCUGCCCUUAUCAACUCCAUAAAGAAGAAACACAAGGACGGCACAGUUAUCCCUCUGCUGCCACGGGAGAACCCCAUGCCCAAAGAGAUGCUCCCUAUGGUUUUGCAGACAAUAAAUCCACUGGAGGAGAACAAGAGCUUUGAGAGGAAACUACAAAGGGCAUUGUCUCCAGCGAAGAUUAAAAAACAGAAAGAAAUCUGGACUGCAGAGCAGAAAGUGAAAUUGCAGAAAAAGAGACAGGAGACACUAAAGAAUUUAAAACAGCACCAAAAGCAGUUGAUGAGAGAGUCUGCAAGAGCCAAGCUGCUGGAGGAAGAGAACCUGAUGCUAAUGGCACAAAGACUUAAACUCGUCCACAUUGUGCCACAAGCACCGGAUGGUGGCGACGACAGGGUUCGACCACAAAAUAUUCACAUUGAAAAUGCUCAGUACAUUAUGAUUGGUAACGACUCUCAAAUGACCGUGAGUUCUGGUGGAGGUGCAGAUAAAGAUGAUUCAAUUUACAGAGAGGAGGAACAAUAACCUUUAAAGAUGUAGGUUUAAAAAAAGAAAAAUUACAUUUUCUGGAGUCAAUGUAUUUUUAUAAAAUGAAGGAAAUAAUCAUGUUUUUUGUCUAAACACUAAAAUAUCAACCACUGAGAGGCGUUCACUGCAGAUGGUUUCAUUGUAUUUAAACUUGAAAGACAUUUCAAUAAAGUGCCAUCCUAAUAAUUUCAGAAGAGCCGAAAUGAGAGUCUGUUUAGCAGAACAAGCGCUUCAGAUGAAUAUUUAGCAGAGGACUGCCAUCUACUGACCGAUAUGUGAUGUACAUUUCCUGAUGUCAGCAGCUGUAUGAGCCCACUGCGGACCCUAGGGGGCGAUGUUGUUACAUGCUCCUUAUUGCCCUUUACUGGAUCUUUGUGCAGUGUCAUCCUAAAGCGCCACUGUUCUGGUAUCAGCUAAAACAGAUUGAAUAAAAUCUUAAUUAAAAUAUUUUCCAUUUUACUUCGUGUGUGUGUGUGUGUGUGUGCUGAUUUUGAAUCAUUGUGUACAGUUUCGUUUAAGAGAAGCUGUGAAACGUUUUGGUGAUCAGAUCAAGUUUUAAGCACUUUUACAUCACAUUACAGGUCAUUUAGCAGAUGCUCUUAUCCAGAGCCCGUUACAGUGAACUAACUACACAGGACAGUCUCCCUGGAGCAACUCAGGGUGAAGUGCCUUGCUCAGGGGCACAAUGGUGGCAGCCCUGGUAUUGCACUCACAACUUUCUGGUGUUUUAAUUGUAAGACUAACAACUAGACCACUAGACCACCACCGUCCACAACAUUGUUAUCCUUGUCUGAAUGUGACUUUUAUAUCAUCUCAUCUUCCUGUCUGCGAUAACUCUCGUCCAUGUCCGUAGUUACCGAGGACGACAGCAGAAA